AGUGAGCUCUUGGGUUGGCGUUUCUGAAUAAACUUGAACCUGUUUCCUGUAUAGCUUUGUUACUAAGUCUGUCUGGCUGUGGCCAAGAAGCUACUGGGCCAGGUACAGUUACAUUAAAGUGUUUCUGGCUUACUCUUAUCAUGAGUAAUGCACAGCAUUCCCAGAAUGUGUUCCAUGGCCUGUGUUCUUCUGCAGGACAUUGAUGGGUAUCAAGGUGUGGACCUAAUGCAGACCAACUGGCCACCGUUUCUCUUCUCACACAACAACCCAAAAGACAGGCCCUCCACAAAAUUCACUUUGGGAAAUGCUCACCUAACAGUAGAGAGCCUAGCAAAAUAUGCUGAUCCCCAAAAUAAAAUCAGUUCAGAAAGCUUGCUUGGUAAAGAAUUAUCAGGAGAAUUUUCUGAGUACCUGAAAUGAUCUGAGGGCCAGCCAAAUGGUUUCUAGUUUUUUGCUUUCCCUUCUAACUUGUCUCCACCUAGUGCGGUACGUUCCAAACUGGUUUGAGACCCAUUAAUGAAUUGUGAACUCCUGACUUUUUUAUUUCCUAGAUGGGUUUGAGAUCAUUGUAGGUUCAUAUGCAGUUACAAGAAGCAAUACAGAAAUCCUGUAUACACUUCACCCAGCUCCCCCUAGCGGCAACAUCUCGUAGGACUGUAGCACGGUGUCACCACCAGGACGAGGUCAUAGACACAGUCCCGGCCAUUCUCAUGCACAUGCACACGUGUGUAUAUGUGUGCCUUGUGUGUUUCUGUGUGUGCCUCUCAUGUGUGUAACUUCAUCACCAGCGUUUUUAAUGGGAUGGCAUGGAUCGGAGUGCACAACAUUUCUUAAGGGUAAGUACUGACUUUGGGUUGUGUUUUAGUUGUAUACACGAAAAACGUCCUCUUAACUGUGGUCACAGUCAAGAAAUCUGAAAGCUACGUGUCAUUCAGUCAUCUGGACUUCACUGAAUCAGGACUCUUAGCUCAGGACGUAGCUAAGUGCCCAUCCCAACAAAUGUGGGCCCUGCGGAGUGCUGGCCCUGGUGGGACUGGGCCCUUGUCGCCUGUUUCUGGUGGGCGGAACACCUAUUGACUGCAGCAGCAGCCCUCUUACAGGGAACUGGCACUUAGUUGCCAUUUCAGUUCCCUUUGGUCUCAUUGGAAGUUAAGACCGUCUCAACAGUGAGGCUAAAGACCCAAGCCUGGGUCUGCUCUGGGGGCUGUUUUGAGUUCAAGCAAUGCUACCCCCUUCUGGAGAUCGCCUAAAAUCACCAGUGUCUCUGGCUUUUAGGGAGCCAUGGAGAAUCUGGUUUAACCCUAACAGGAAGGACCAGGGUUUCUUCUGCCCGUAGACCUGACUUAGGGUUUUCUGAGGCCAAGAUCCUGGCCAGGAUUAUGCCUGGUGGCUCCCAAGGGCUCGUCUGCUCUUGUCUACAGGGAGUGAAGUUUUGACAGCUGCUUCUGGAGGCCAGCCAGGGUCCAGGAAACCCCAGUGCCCUGUCACUUCCAUUCAUCCAGUUAGUGAGUACCCCCAGCCCUCGCAUACCGCAUCCACCCAGUCCCAGGCACCGAGGGUCAGCAAAGAGCUUCAAAUAUCCCAAGGGAUAGAGUGAACAGAGGAGGCCCAGGAGGAUUCCCUGGUGGGAUUUGGCCCCUUGACCUAGGCUCUACCUGAGGAAAAGAGUGAGGACCACGAAGAGGGCUCUCCAGCUUGCAGCUGGAAUGAAGCAUCUGGAAACCACCUGUACCAGAGCCCUCCUGUGGGCCUAGGGGAGGCUGGGGAUGAGUCCGGGCCAGAGAUUGAUGGGGAAGCAGAGAAGGACUGGAUGGUCCAGUAAGGAAGAGAGAGGGCUGAGUGGGGACAGAACCCAGGCUUCCCAGCUCCCAUGGCCUAAGAUGUCCCCUUCAUACGUCAUCCCACACACAAUGUUUAGACAAAGCAGCAGAGAAGAAACACAGACAUCCUGGAUCUCGUAGGGAGGAGGCCAUGGCUGGGAACAGAAAGAUGUCUGUUUAUUCCUGGCAAUCCAGUAUUUGAGGGGCCCCACACCCACUGCUGCCCAGGCCCCAGGCUGAACUCUCCCAGAGCCUCUGACUUCUGCUCGACCAGAUAGCGUGGGUCUGAGGGCCAGCUGCUGUAAGCCAGUCUCCGGCAGCCAGCUCCCUUGAGGAUGGGUUUGAGGCUGGAUGCUUUCCUCCUCCCACUUUUUGUCCCAACAGAAGUUCUGCUCCCCAUGUCCCCCCAACCACUGUGCAGGAUUGGCAGAGCUAGACCCCUCGGCCCCCAGCCUUCAGCCCAGGUCUACCCCACCCCCCACCCCCACCGAGGGCACAGAAGUCCCCUGGCUCAGUCUACCUGUGCUCUUGAGCAGGGAAGUCUUUGUCCUCAUGGCUCAUCUCCAGCUUUCUCACAGUUUCAUCCUGCUCCCUCCCACUUCAGGCCUCAAGGGGGUGUAACUGGCUUCUCUCCAGCACCCCAAGACCUCACCUGAUACAAGUGAAAAUUGGAGCAUCAUGCCUCUUGUCUUCCUAGCCUUGAACUUGCCCUUCCUCUCCUGUACCUGGUUUCCCCAGUGUCUCUCUGGAGCAAAAGCACCCUUCCCCUCUUGCUUUUUGCAAGCUGUCUUUCUGCCUUUCUCUACAGAGUUCUUUCUUAGAGGAUACAGGUGGCUGGAGGAAGGGACAUGCAGAGAAGGGCAGAAAUCCUAAGAUGUUAAUAGCAGCUGCUUUUCAUUGUGUGCUCGUGUGCCUAGCGUUUCGUCCUCAUCACACAUUAUCUCGGUUAGUCUCACAAUAGGUGAGCACAAUAUAUUCUACAGAUGAGGAAACUAAGACAAAAGAGCUUUAGUACUUUGCCCAAGUUCACACAAAUUAAGAAAAAAAAAAAAAAAAAAAAGGAUCCCAGCCAGGAUUCUGGGAUUCAAACCCAGGCUUUCUGAUGCCAACACUAGCUCAUGCCUCUUAAUCAUCGUGGAAGUGGAAGGAAAUGAAUCAUUUGUUGAGACCCCCACCCCACCCCACAUUAAGUGUCAGGCACUGUAAUAUAUGCAGCCACACAUGUUGCUCUGUGAUAUUCCUCACAGCAGCCCAGAGAGGUGGUUUUACUUUGUUCCCAUUUUACAGAUGGGGAAAUUGAGGCCCCAGGGUAGGUCACACCCCCAGAGCCAUUUUUACCUCAUAGCCCAGAACUUGACUCAAAGUAGUUAAGAAAAGUGUAGACUGACCCCAGGUUCUAGAAGGCAAGGCUGGCUUUUAUAAGCUGAAAGGGAUCGGAUGAGAGCAAAGUUCCAAACACCCCUGCCACUGCCACCAUCAGACAUGGAGCUGGAAGUGCUGUCAGCCAGAUGGCCACUCCAGGGGGUUAAAAAUGUAAAUGUAUUGGGGCUCCUGGGUGGCUCGGUCGGUUAAGUGUCCAGCUCCAGUUCAGGUCAUGAUCUCACAGUUCGUGAGUUCGAACCCCGCGUUGGGUUCUGUGCUGACAGCUCAGAGCCUGGAGCCUGCUUCGGAUUCUGUGUCUCCCUCCCUCUCUGCCCCUCCCCCACUCACGCUCUUUCUCCACAAAUAAACGUUUAAAAAAUAAAAUAAAAAUGUAAAUGUAUUAGCUGGGACAGGAAGUGGGGGAUGGACAAAGCCAUUUUUAUUCAUUAACUGGGAUGCAUUUCUCAGAUUAGCUAGGCUAGCAGAUGAUGGCUCCAAGUUGGGUGACCUGAGGUAGAAGAUGGCUGGCAGCUGGAGAGGGGGCACGCUGGCACAGGACAGGGAGAGGGCACUGGAUUCAGAGGGGAAGGCCUCGCAGUCAGCAGCUCUGGGUGUGCCGGGUCCCACCCCCAGGGGCGGGGCCGGGCUGAGCCCCACCAGCCCCGGCUCCAUCCCUCCAGAACCCAGGCAGGGGCAGAGCCUGGGCAGCAGAGAGCCUGGGGCCCUGCUGUACCCGGGUUGUGGAGGCACCAUGCCCUCACCGGCCGGGACACCAGACAGCGACAGAAGCCCUGCGGGCCUGCCUGCAGCAGCUCCCUGACACUCUGAGGAAAGCCCAGACCGGGCCAGCAACACCUGUCCCCAACAGCCAUGCAUGCUGGCGGCUGCUCCAGGCCUCCCCCGUCCCCAGGCCCAAGAUGACACCCAACAGCACCAGGGAGGUGCCCAGCCCCAUCCCCGUGGGGGCCCUGGGGCUCUCCCUGGCCCUGGCAAGCCUCAUCGUCGCUGCUAACCUGCUCCUGGCCUUGGGCAUCGCCAGGGACCGGCACCUGCGCAGCCCACCCUCUGGCUGCUUCUUCCUGAGCCUGCUGCUGGCCGGGCUGCUCACCGGGCUGGCGCUGCCCGCGCUGCCCGGCCUCUGGAGCCAGAGCCGCCGGGGCUACUGGUCGUGCCUCUUCCUCUACUUGGCGCCCAACUUCUCCUUCCUCUCCCUGCUCGCCAACCUCCUGCUGGUGCACGGCGAACGCUACAUGGCGGUGCUGCGGCCCCUGCGGCACCGCGGGAGCACGCGGCUGGCCCUGCUCCUCACCUGGGCUGGCCCCCUGCUCUUUGCCAGCCUGCCUGCUCUGGGCUGGAACCACUGGGCCCCCGGCGCCAACUGCAGCUCCCAGGCUGUCUUCCCAGCCCCCUACCUCUACCUCGAAGUCUACGGGCUCCUGCUGCCUGCCGUGGGGGCUGCCGCCCUUCUCUGCGCCCGCGUGUUGGCCACCGCCCACCGCCAGCUGCAGGACAUCCGCCGCCUGGAGCGGGCAGUGUGCCGCGGCGCGCCCUCAGCCCUGGCCCGGGCCCUUACCUGGAGGCAGGCGAGGGCGCAGGCCGGGGCCACGCUGCUCUUUGGGCUGUGCUGGGGGCCCUACGUGGCCACCCUGCUCCUCUCGGUCCUGGCCUACGAGCAGCGCCCGCCACUGGGGCCCGGAACUCUGUUGUCCCUCAUCUCGCUGGGCAGCGCCAGUGCGGCGGCCGUGCCCGUGGCCAUGGGGCUGGGUGACCAGCGCUACACGGCCCCCUGGAGGGCGGCCGCCCAGAGGUGGCUUCGGGUGCUGCGGGGAAGAGCCUCCCAGGGCAGCCCCGGCCCCGGCACUGCCUACCACACCAGCAGCCAAAGCAGCGUGGACCUCGACUUGAACUAGGGGAAGGGCCUCUGCUCGCUCCUACAAGAAGCAGCCGUCCAUCUCGGCCACCGCACCUAUCUCUUCUCAUCUCCUCUCUGUCCCCACGCCUCUGGAUCUGACCCCACCCUGAUGGAAUAAAGCUCCUUCCACCCGGUUUAUGGUUAUCUCAUUCCACAUCUCAGAAAAGGAGGCAGGUGGGACAGCAGCAGAAAAACUGAAGCCAUACGUGCAUCGAGGGAGACUGCAACCGAGUCACCCGGAGGGGAGGACGUGCCACCGCCUGAGAGGCUGGGCUGA